CACUGCACUUUGACUAUGGAAGCAGAGGCUGCUGAUGGAUAUAUAACAUCAGGUGACAAUGAGCUUUCGCCCGAAAGGGAGCACUCCGGCAUGGCCAUCGACCUCACCUCCAGCACACCCAAUGGGCAGCAUACCUCCCCCAGUCACAUGGCAAGCACAAAUUCAGUAAAGCUAGAAAUGCAAAGUGAUGAGGAAUGUGACAGGAAGCCCCUGAGUCAGGAAGAUGAGAUCAGGGCUCAUGAUGAAGGAAGCAGCCUGGAAGAGCCCCUCACUGAGAGUAACGAGAUGGCGGAUAACAGAAAGAUCCAGGAGCUCUCAAGCGAGGGAGGAAUCCGGCUUCCGAAUGGUAAACUGAAAUGUGACGUCUGUGGCAUGGUUUGCAUUGGGCCCAAUGUGCUAAUGGUACAUAAAAGGAGCCACACUGGUGAACGCCCCUUCCACUGUAACCAGUGUGGAGCUUCUUUUACCCAGAAGGGGAACCUGCUGAGGCACAUCAAGUUGCACUCUGGGGAGAAACCGUUCAAAUGUCCCUUCUGCAGCUAUGCCUGCCGACGGAGGGACGCCCUCACAGGACACCUCAGGACGCACUCUGUGGGGAAGCCUCACAAGUGCAACUACUGCGGCCGGAGCUACAAACAGCGCAGUUCGCUGGAGGAGCACAAGGAACGCUGCCACAACUAUCUGCAGAAUGUCAGUAUGGAGGCUGCUGGGCAGGUCAUGAGUCACCAUGUACCUGCUAUGGAAGAUUGUAAGGAACAAGAGCCUGUGAUGGACAACAAUAUUUCUCUGGUGCCUUUUGAGAGACCUGCUGUUAUAGAGAAGCUGACAAGCAACAUGGGAAAGCGUAAAAGCUCCACCCCACAGAAGUUUGUGGGUGAAAAGCUCAUGAGAUUUGGCUAUCCAGAUAUUCCCUUUGAUAUGAACCUAACCUAUGAGAAGGAGGCUGAGCUGAUGCAGUCUCACAUGAUGGACCAAGCCAUCAACAAUGCAAUCACCUACCUUGGAGCUGAGGCACUUCACCCCCUGAUGCAGCACACACCAAGCACAAUUGCAGAGGUGGCCCCGGUCAUCAGCUCAGCUUACGCUCAGGUCUAUCAUCCUAACAGGAUAGAAAGGCCCAUUAGCAGGGAAACAGCUGACAGUCACGAGAACAACAUGGAUGGCCCGAUCUCCCUCAUCAGACCAAAGAGUCGAACCCAGGAUAGAGAGGGCUCCCCCAGCAAUAGCUGCCUGGAUUCUACUGACUCAGAGAGCAGCCACGAAGACCGCCAGUCCUACCAAGGAAACUCCGCCUUAAAUCCCAAGAGAAAGCCAAGCCCGGCUUAUAUGAAGGAGGACGCCAAGGCUUUGGAUGCCACAAAAGCUUCUAAGGGCUCUUUAAAGGAUAUCUACAAGGUCAUCAAUGGAGAAGGGGAGCAGAUUAGGGCUUUCAAGUGCGAGCACUGUCGCGUUCUUUUCCUGGACCAUGUCAUGUACACAAUCCACAUGGGCUGCCACGGCUACCGGGACCCGCUAGAGUGCAACAUCUGUGGCUACCGAAGCCAGGACCGCUAUGAGUUCUCGUCGCACAUAGUCCGAGGGGAGCACACAUUCCACUAG